AUGACAGAAGACCAAGCCAUAAAGCACUUUCAAGAGCUGGUCUCCUCUGACCUGACCAUCGUAGACCCAACGUCUAUUCAAAUCCGUGCCAAUACUCUAGUAGCUCGUCUAAAAGCCCUCAAUAGAAAUGCAAAUGCUGCAACAAGAGCAUGCAAGCAAGCAACCACAGAGGCCCGCCAUGACAUGGACCAGACACAUCUUGGCCUCCAGAAUUUGCUCUAUGAAAAGCGUCAUCUCGAAAGGGAGAUCGACAAGUGUCGGCAAUUCGCUUCCAUUUACCAGGACGUACCCUUAUAUCCACUUCCAGAGUUCAAAACUCUGGCACCUCCCGAAGCGCGCUCAGAUGACGUGUUGCAGAAUGUUCAUCAGCUUAUGCUCAAUCGUCUGAGCUUCGAACUUGUCGAAAGGCAGAGACUUGAUCAAAAAAGAAAAGAACUCACAGUCCAAAAGGAAGAGCUCCUGAAGCAUAGCAAGCUUAAACUCGCAACCGUGGAAAGUGUCAAAACGCAAAUAGAAUCACUCAUGAAGGCCGCCGCAGACAUACAGAAGAAAGUCGACGAACUCGUGCCGGCGCUCCCACCGUCUACUGCAACGACUCCCGCUCCAACCUGA